GAAGCCGCGGAUUAAAACAAUCAGUGAGCAAAAAUUAACUCAAUUUGAAGGGAUCAUUUACUUACUGUACCAAGUCUAUCUUUAUUCAUUUGUUUGGUAAUCACCUUUUUGCCUUGGAGUUUCAUUCUUGCAUAAGUUUUACUCAUCAUCGACAAUGAACAGCUUUAUGUUAACUUUUCUUGCCUGUGCGAUUACGGCUUCCAGUGCCUCCUCUGUCUUGCAGAAUACUCAGCCAUACAUCAAGAGAGCCGUUGCGCAGGUGCAACAGGCCUCGCAGGAAACCGUCCCCACCAGCGUGCUUCGGCAAGCCAAUCAAACCCUGUCAGCUUUCGACGACCUGACCCAUUCCACAGAGAUCGUCGCGCGGGAAAUUGUAUCGGAUCUGCGUGCAGCUAAAGGUCAGCUGCAGUUGAACGGCUUUGACAAUGCCGGCGGUGCAGAGACCAUUGCCAAAGAGUUGAUUACGAAGAUUACCGAACAAGGCACUAAAGGGUUUUUUGGAAGAAUUUGGCGGUGGUUCAAAAAAGCUGUUCGAAUUGCCCAUCGUGUGAUCGCUAUCGUAGAUGGCUUUGUCAAUGGUAAUGGUAAGGCUGACGAUGCUACCGCCGAUGACAAUGGAUUGAUCAAGAGCGUCAGCGAGGUCGUCGACUACUUUAAACCGCAUGCUGCUAAGGAAAUCGGGGCGGCGUAUCAGUUUGCUGCAGACUCCAUUCUCACCAUUAGCACACAGCAUCAUAACGAAGUCGUCCGAGCCGCCCAAGAUUUCCUUGGAUUUCUGGUUAAAUAUGAAGGCACUUUGGGCAAGGUCUACGCGGAAACCGUACAGGCCGUCGAAUCAUUAAUCAAAGAAUGAAAAACUACGGUCUCAAAUGUAUCUGCUGUUGUACAGCGGACAGAUGAUGUCCCUUCAUUAAAGCGGCGAUUGUCGCCAACGUGUUUGACCUUGUACAUAUAUAUUUUGAAGCGGAAAUAGGCUUUUGACUUCCUAGAUUGUUCAGCUUUUCUUAGUCUAGCUGACUUUGGUUUGACUAUUCUUCUUACAUAAAAUACGACGUCAAAUAAACUAUGUCCGAUGUUCGACCGAUGUCCGACCUAGACGUCAAAUAAACUAUGUCCGAUGU